AUGGCAGGCAAAAAGCGAGAGAUCCAGUUACAGGCAGUCGUUAACAGUCAAAGCCUGUGGGAUGAGAUGUUGCAGAACAAAGGCCUGACAGUGAUCGACGUUUACCAAGCCUGGUGUGGACCUUGCAAAGCAAUGCAAACUUUAUUCAGAAAAUUGAAAAAUGAGCUGAACGAAGAUGAACUUCUGCAUUUUGUUGUAGCAGAAGCUGACCACAUUGUGACUUUGCAGCCAUUUAGAGAUAAAUGUGAACCUGUUUUUCUUUUUAGUGUUAAUGGCAAAAUUAUUGCAAAGAUAAAUGGUGCAAAUGCACCACUUGUUAAUCAAAAAAUUAUUAACUUGGUCAAUGAGGAGAAGAAAAUUGCAGCAGGUGAAAUGGUUCGCCCUCAGUAUCAUGAAAUUGUGUUUGUAGAUCCAGAGGCGGAUGAUGGUGGGGAAGUACUCAAUGAAAGUGUUGAUCAACUCUACAGUAUUGCUAUUAUCAAACCCGAUGCUGUGCUUAAUAGAAAAUCUCUAGAGAUUAAACAAAAAAUCAUCAAGGCAGGCUUUGUGAUAGAAAUCGAAGAUAAGAGAGUGCUCACUGAGCAACAAGUAAGGGACUUCUACCGUCGGAUAGCAGACCAGCCUGACUUUGAAGAUUUUGUCCUUUUUAUGACCAGUGGCCUAAGCCAUAUUCUAGUUAUAUCUCAAGGAAAUGAAGAGCAGCCUGCUCUGGGAGAAACUGAAUCUGAUCCUGAGACAGAAGCUAAAGAAAUACAUGAGGAUCACCUUGCUAUGGUCACGACUCCAAUGAUGAGGAAGAAGCAGGACAGCUUAGAAGAAUAUCUGGAAAGACAACAUAUAUCUCAGUUUUGUGAUGUUGAAGAGAAUAUAACUGAUGUUAACCACUUUAUUGAUAUGUUCUUCCCUGAUUUUAAAAAUAUGGAAAACCUCAAAUUAGAAAAGAUCCUGGCAUUACUUCGACCAGCUCUCUUUCAAGAAAAGAAAGAGGAUGUUUUGAAGAUUAUUGAAGAUGAAGGCUUUAAAAUACUGAUGCAAAGGCAAAUUGUAUUAUCAGAAGAGGAAGCACAAACACUGUGCAAGGAAUAUGAAAAUGAGGAUUAUUUUGGAAACCUUAUAGAAAAAAUGACCAGUGGUCCAUCUCUAGCCCUUGUUUUAGUAAGAGACCAUGGUUUACAACACUGGAAAGAGUUAAUUGGACCAGGUAGUGUUGAAAAAGCCAAAGAAUAUCUUCCAGAGAGUUUAUGCGUACGAUUUGCAAUGGAAGAUUUGCCCAUCAACCAGUUGUAUGGAAGUGAUUCAUUAGAAGCAGCCGAGAGGGAAAUACAGUAUUUCUUUCCUCCUCAAAGCACUUUAGCACUGCUUAAACCUCAUGUAACACAGGAACAAAGAGAGGAGAUCUUGAAACUUAUUAGAGAGGCUGGAUUUGAAAUAACACAGACGAAGGAAAUGCUCCUAAAUGAAGUAGAAGCAGAAAAAAUUUAUUCAAAAAUAAAAGGAAAAGAUUUUUAUCAAGAUGUAUUGGAAAUGUUAUCUGAGGGUCCAUCUUUGGUCAUGGUUCUGACCAAGUGGAAUGCUGUUUCAGACUGGAGACGAUUGAUGGGUCCUGUAGAACCAGAUGAGGCAAAACUACUGUCCCCAGACUCUAUCCGAGCCAAGUUUGGAAGAAGUGUUUUGAAAAAUGCUGUCCACGGAUCAUCUAAUACCUAUGAAGCAAUGGAGAGCAUUACUAGAAUUUUUGAAGAAUUUGUUCCUGAGAAUCCCGAGGAAAACUAA